AUGGCUGAUAGAUACUCUUUUUCUCUUACGACUUUCUCGCCCAGUGGCAAGCUUACUCAGAUCGAUUAUGCCCUCCAGGCCGUCAACAAGGGUGUUACUUCCUUAGGAAUCAAAGCUUCUAAUGGCAUUGUACUUGCCACGGAAAAGAAAUCAUCUUCCCAUUUGAUCAACACAGAUACACUUUCCAAAGUUGACCUCAUCACUCCUGAUAUUGGUGUUGUUUACAGCGGAAUGGGUCCUGAUUACCGCGUACUUUUGGGCCAAGCACGCAAACUUUCGCAUACUGCUUACAAGCGCAUUUACAACGAGUACCCCCCAACACGCAUCAUGGUUCAGGAGGUCGCUAAGGUGAUGCAAGAGGCUACACAAAGCGGUGGUGUCCGUCCCUACGGUGUCUCAUUGCUUAUUGCUGGAUGGGAUCAACACUUUGGCUAUGGCCUGUACCAAGUGGACCCUUCAGGUGCUUAUUUUCCUUGGAAAGCCACUGCUAUUGGAAAGGGCUCAACUUCGGCAAAGACCUUUUUAGAGAAACGUUGGAAUGAGGAGCUGGAACUCGAAGAUGCCAUCCACAUUGCUCUUCUUACUCUGAAAGAGUCCAUUGAGGGCGAAAUGAAUGGUGAUACAGUCGAAAUUGCUGUUGUAAGCGAGCCCGCAGACCAUCUUUUGGGAGUGCGGGGUGUUGCUGGCGCUGAGGGCCCACGAUUCCGCAAGCUUAGCGCUCAAGAAAUUGAUGAUCGUUUGGAUGCUUUAUAA